UUAGUUUUCUUGACUAUAUAAAAAGAGGUAGAAGCUUAGUGCAUACGUUUCAACUAUUUAUUAAUUGAUUGAUGAUAGAAGGAAAAUUAAGGUAGCUAGCUCUUGCAUUUCUCAUGAACUGUGGAGUCGUGUUGGGUUUCUAUUGUUGGGGUUGGGAGUUCUUAACUGCCCUUCUUCUCUUCUCCAUCAAUCUUAAUUAAAUAUUCAUCAUUAUAAUUAUUAAUUAAUUCUCUUCUAUACUCUCAUCUUCAUUUUCUUAUAUCCUUCUUCUCAAACCAAUUUUCUCUUACAUAUACAAGUUGCUAGAGAAAUAUUUAAAAAUAAAAAAAUAAAAAAUGGAAGGAGUGGUGAUUAGUGAGAAGGGGUUGUUGGAAUGUGGAAGAAAGUGCACUCCGCCACCGUUCUUGUUGAAGACAUACAUGUUGGUGGAGGAUCCGGCCACCGAUGAUGUCAUAUCGUGGAACGAUGAAGGAACGGCGUUCGUCGUGUGGCAGCCGGCGGAGUUUGCUCGUGAUCUCCUUCCAACGCUCUUCAAGCAUAGCAACUUCUCUAGCUUUGUACGCCAGCUCAAUACCUAUGGGUUUCGUAAAGUUGCAACAAGUAGAUGGGAGUUUUGCAAUGACAAGAAAGGUGAAAGAGAACUUCUAUCCGAGAUUCGGCGAAGAAAAGCAUGGAGCAACAAGCAACAACAUACUAUACAAAACCAAGGUACAAUCCAAGAUUCUGAUGAAGAUCAAAGGUCAUCAUCAACGUCAUCAACUUCAGGUUACACUAAUCUUGUGGAUGAAAACAAGAGACUCAAGAAGGAGAAUGGAGUGUUGAAUUCUGAGCUAACAAACAUGAAAAGGAAAUGUAAGGAGUUGCUUGAUUUGGUUGCAAUUUAUACCCAAAAAAAGGAAGAGGAGGAAGCUAAUAAAGAUUACGGUGAUGGAAGACCAAUGCUGUUUGGGGUGAGAUUGGAUGUUCAACAAGCUGGGGAGAGAAGGCUGAAGAGGAAUAGAGCUGAGAUUAGUGAAAGCGCAAGCAUUUUGUUGUCUCAAUCAUGCAAAUAGAAAUAAAAAAUAUUAUAGUAUAUGCUAGCUACGCUACAUACAAUAGAAGCCUGAAUAGAAGUAUAUACAUAGCUGCUGAAAAUUAAAGUAAUAAUCAAACAUUUGGAAAUCAAUAUAUAUUUUGAUUAAUUGACUAGUUCGGCCUGCAAGUUCAAGGAAUUAAUAAAACUGUGAAGACAUCUCAAGCAUAGCGUUUAAAUAAAUGUGAUGUUAUUUAGGA